AUGGCGGGGUUGGGGUACGUCCCUCUGCUGGUAAGCCGCAAUCCCCCUGGUUUCCCUUUUCCCCCUUUUCCCCCUUUUCCCUUUUCUCCCUUUUCUCCUUUCUCCCUUUUCCCUUAUCUCCCUUUUCCCCUUUCUCCCUUUUCCCUUUUCUCCCUUUUCCCCUUUUUUCCUUUUCCCCUUUCUCCCUUUUCCCCUUUCUCCCUUUUCCCCUUUCUCCAUUUUCCCCCUUCUCCCUUUUUCCCUUUCUCCCUGUUUCCCUUUCUCCUUUUCCCCUUUCUCCCUUUUCCCCUUUCACCCUUUUCCCCUUUCUCCCUUUUCCCCUUUCUCCCUUUCCCCCCUUCUCCCUUUUCCCCCUUCUCUAUUUUCCCCUUCCCUGUUCUCCCCUUCUCCGUUUUCCUUUUUCUCCCAUUUUUCCCCGUUCUCCCCCUUUGUUCUUCUCGCCUUUCUCCCCUUUUCCCUUUUCUCCCUUCUCCCCACUCCACCCCUUUCCCCCCUUCUCCGCCAUUCCCCGUUGUUCCCCAUUCUCCCUUCUCCAUUUCUCCCCCUUCUCCCACUUCCCCCCUUCUCCAUUUCAUUUCCCCCUAUUUCGCCCUUUCCUGCUUCUCCCUUGUUACCCUUUCUCCCUUUUUUCCCUUGUCCCUUUUCUCCCAUUUUUUCCUUUCUCCCUCCCUUUUUCCCUGUUGUCCUUUUUUUCCCUUCUCCCGUUUCCACCUUUCUCUCUUUCUCCCCUUUCUCCCUUUAACCCCUUCUCUCGUUUUCCCCUCUUCUCCCCUUUUCCCUAUUCCCUUAUUCCCCUUUCUCCCCUUUUCCCACUACUCCCUCUUUUCAUUUUCUCCCCUUUCCCUCCUUUUCCCCUUUCCCCCUUUUUCCGCUCUUUCCCCUUCUCACUUUCCCCCUCCCCUCGCUGUUGUCCCUCGGUUCUUCGUUUUUCUCCCUUUUUCCCCCUUCUCCUGUUUUUUCCAUUUCUCCCAAUUUCCCCUUUUCUCCCCAUUCUCUUUCUUCCGUUUUUUCUCUCUCUAUUUCCCCCCGUCUCCCUUUUCUCCCUUUAUCCCUUUCCCCCCUCCUCCCCUUUCCCUGCUUCUCCCUUUUCCCUCCUCCUCCCUUUUCCCUCUUCCCUUCCCCCGUCUCCCUUUUCCCCCCUUCUCCCUUUUCCCCUCCUCCUCCCCUUUCCCCCCUCCUCCCUUUUCCCUGCUUCUCCCUUUUCCCUCCUCCCUUUUUCCAAAAUCCUCCCCUUUCCCCCUUCUCCCUUUUCCCCACCUUCUCCCUCCACCCCCCCUUCUUCUCCCUUUUUCCUCCUUUCCUCCUCCCCUGUUUCGGAUGGGAUACCUCCCACUGCUGCCUGGGUGCAGCAGGGGGUAUCUCAUGCACCCAGGCUAA